GCUACACUCAGCGGCAUGGGGCUCUCUGCUCAGCGAGAAAGGCUUGGAAAGUUGACUGCUUCAUUUAUUUGAAGAAAGAUAAGACAUUUUGUCGGAGGGGUUUUUUACUGUAAUUAGACAGACGAUGGUAGUAAUUUAACACGCAGUUGCUGCUUCCACCGGUUAAUGAAUCCAACUACAUCCUUCUCUCGCGGUGUCCCGGCAUUUCUCUGGUUAGCUCUGUAUGUGUAUGAGUAUCUGCUGCAUGUAGGAGCACAGAAGUCAGCACAGACCUUUCUCUCAGAGAUCCGAUGGGAGAAGAACAUCACAUUAGGAGAACCUCCGGGGUUCCUCCACUCAUGGUGGUGUGUUUUCUGGGACCUGUACUGUGCUGCUCCAGAGAGAAGAGACACAUGUGAACACUCCAGCGAGGCCAAGGCCUUCCAUGACUACAGUGCUGCAGCAGCUCCUAGCCCCGUCCUUGGGAACCUUCCCCCAGGAGAGGGCAUGCCAGUGGGGCCAGUCCCUCCAGGAUUCUUUCAGCCAUUUAUGUCACCUCGAUACCCUGGAGGACCCAGACCACCCCUCAGAUUACCCAAUCAGGGACUUGGAGGCGUCCCAGGUAGCCAGCCCAUGUUGCCCAGUGGAAUGGACCCCACAAGACAGCAAGGACAUCCAAAUAUGGGAGGACCAAUGCAGCGGAUGACUCCACCCAGAGGCAUGGUACCACUAGGGCCCCAGGGCUACGGAGGUGGGAUGAGGCCACCGCUGAAUGCACUGGUUGGUCCUGGGAUGCCUGGCAUGAACAUGGGACCUGGUGGGGGUAGACCCUGGCCAAAUCCUCCAAACUCCAAUUCUACCCCUUAUUCUUCUGCAUCUCCAGGAAGUUAUGUGGGACCUCCGGGAGGCGGGGGGCCACCCGGGACCCCAAUAAUGCCAAGUCCAGCAGAUUCAACUAACUCCGGCGACAACAUGUACACUAUGAUAAACACAGUUCCUCCAGGAGGAAGCCGACCAAACUUCCCUAUGGGUGCAGGUGGCGAUGGUCCUUUGGGGGGAAUGGCUGGAAUGGAGCCUCAUCACAUGAAUGGAUCAUUAGGGUCUGGUGAUAUGGACAGUCUCCCCAAGAACUCUCCUGGUAACCUAAGUAUGAGUAACCAGCCGGGAACCCCAAGAGAGGAUGGAGAGAUGGGUGGAAACUUCCUUAACCCUUUUCAGAAUGAAAGUUAUUCUCCAAACAUGACGAUGAGCGUGUGAAGGCUCUGGAAGUGGGUUGGUCAGUCGCUCAGUAAGCUGGUGUGGAUUGGUAAAAAGCAGAGACAGGAUGUGAUGUCAUGUAGGCCAGUGACUCUUCCUCCACCACCACCACCACCACCACCUGCCCAGUCGGGACAGCUGCCCCAGCCUCCGUCCUUCUACUAACCCCCCGCCCUCCCCCCCAUCUCUCGCACACACACACACACACACCUCCCCUCCAUGGUUUCUGUCCAUGUCUCUUCUCACCUGUUUCUUCUCCCGUUCUAAGUGAUGACUCUGCUACAUUCAUCAGUUCUUCCUCUGUAACUAUGAGACUGUACAAAGGAACCAAAAUGUAAACCACUUGGAGGUUGAACCCUGGUAUAUUUGUGUACAGUGUGUGUGUGCGUGUCUGUGUGUGCGUACGUGUGUGUGUGUGUGUGCGUGAGAGAGACUGUGCACACGCUCCAGUCACAGACUGAUGUCAUAUCACGGAUUUCAUGCCCAAAAACAAAAGGCCAGUAUCCUAUUUAUCCUAAAGUUUAAAUUCUCAAGGAUUUAAAGACACUUUUUGAUUGAUGGUAAAAAAUUUAAUAUAACUGGUUUGUCACAUGGAACAUCUGUUGUCUUUUCUUGACAAAUUUCUUAAUCCAUUACUGGAAGAGAAUUGGAGAGACGCCACAAUCAUAUUACCAUAAGGUUUAUUUGAGGCUUGUGCAGAUAUGCGUGAAGUCUUUUCAACAUUGUGGUUGUCUAGAUCUUUUAAGACCACCACUUACACUGUGUUUUAUGUUUUAUAUUAUGGGUCUGGGAAUCAGUUGUCCUGCCGUCUGAGCUUUUUUUUUUAUUAUUAUUUCUAUCUUGAUGUUCAGCCACAGAUGUUGAAAUGUAAAAUCUUUUUUUUAAAGAUCUUUUAUUGGAUUUCAUGAUACAAAAAAUAUUUACAAGAUUAGGAAAUUUGGUAAGCAAUAAAGUGCAACCAGUGAUAGUGCAAGCAUUGAUCAAGUGCAUAGAGUUCAGUGAUCUAUUAUAAAAUGUGGUCAGGUCAUAAAUCCAGUAUAUUUCAGGGGAGGUGCUAAGAUUUGUUUGACCUCUCUUCCUCCGGGGGUCAGCAAAUACCUGUUUGAUUACCAUGUCGCUGUCAGUUACAGUCUGCUGUAUUACCAUGGCACAUGUUAUUUUCCACAAAUUUAAACACACAACGCUUAUGAUUAUUUGUAUCAGUUCUGUCUGUUUAGAUGGCUUUUUUUCUUCCUCAAUACAAUACACGACAGAUUUAUAACACAGAUCAAAUUUAACCCCAAGUAACAUCUUUUCACGCUGUAUCAUGUGUUUUCAAGGCCUGCUGAGGCAAAUGAAGUGCAGAUCAAAGUCAGCAUUUUUCAGUCUAUAAACAUCAUUUACAGAAAGUCCUCAGCUCAACCUGAAAUAUGUGUUUGCAUUUUCACAUUGAAUGGUUAUUGAGUAAAAGAAGGAGCUGUGUUCAAGGCUUAAAUCAUAUCAGAUCAGCCACUUUGCUGAGGGCAGUCAGGAUUAAAAAAAAAGCUAUGUGCAAAGGUUAACCCUUGGUUUUUUUUGUUGUUUUUUUGGAUAAUUUUACUUUCUGUUAACUACACAAACACAUUAUGUGACCAUGUUGUUUAACAAAAUGGGACACUGAGCCUGUAGCCAUAUGAUUGGUUGGUUUUGUUUGCCGGGGCCUCUCUCAAGUCUAGUACUUUAAACCUUGAUCAGUAUGAUUUAUCAGUUUGCGCCACAUUUGCUAAACAAAUGCACAUCUAAAUUCCUGCUGCCAACAUUCUCCGGACUUAAAUUAUCAAAGUAAGAGAAGAAUCAAAGACAGAUGAGCGGUAAACUGUACGACACAAGCUUAUAAAGUCACUUUGGUCACUCAUACUUAAAUGUCAUCCGGAUAAACUGUGAUCUCAGUGUGAUAUGAGAUGUUAGUUGGUACAGAAAGCUAAAAUAAGCUUGUUUUUAAUCAAUGUUUUAAACUUUUUUCACUGCCCAAGAUGUAUGAUCAUCGUGUACAAAAAGGUCUAUGUGCCUGUGAACAUUCUCCUUUCCCCUCCCUUACUGCAAAGUGUACAGCUCACAAAUGUAGCUCCCCUGUCUUGUAUGUGUAUUUGAUAUUAUUAUUAUUAUUUAAAGAAAAAUCUGGAGAGAAUUCUAGCAAAAAGGGAGGGAUGGACUGAUGAUGCACCAUCACGACUGAACAGAUGAUGUUUUUAUUUGUUUUUGUGUUAGUUUGAAGCCAUAAGUGGGAGUACAAGAAGACGCAUUUGUAAAUUGGAUCAUGUUUUCUGUUUUGUGGCAGUACGUGGGACUCCAUUUGUGAUGUGUUCAUUUUCUCUUUUUUAUUCUUGUAUUAUGUUUUUGUAAAUAUACAGAGAAGUAUUUCAUGGGUUUUGAAUAUGCUGGUAUAAAGCUUCUCUUCCCUUA